GCGGCCGGGAAACAGGUGGACGAGUCCGGGACCAGGACAGACGAAUAUGGAGCCAAAGACUAUCGCUCACAGAUGAAUUUAAAAACGGACCACCCCUCUCGCCCCAUUUGGGUGGCUCCAGAUGGACAUAUCUUCCUGGAGGCUUUCUCUCCAGUGUACAAGUAUGCCCAGGACUUUCUGGUGGCUAUUGCUGAGCCAGUGUGCCGGCCCACUCACGUUCAUGAGUACAAGCUGACCGCCUACUCUCUGUACGCUGCCGUGAGUGUGGGCCUGCAGACGACAGACAUCAUUGAGUACCUGCAGAAGCUCAGCAAGACCUCGGUCCCUGAUGGCAUCAUUCAGUUCAUCAAGCUCUGCACAGUGAGCUAUGGCAAAGUCAAACUGGUGCUGAAACACAACAGGUACUUUGUAGAAAGCGCUUUCCCCGAGGUCAUACAGAAGCUACUCCAGGAUGAAGUGAUCCGGGAGUGCAGGCUGAGGACGGCCGAGGGCGAAGACCCGGCACUCAUCACUGAGGUGAUCUCCAGCAAAUCUGCGAUCUCAAAGUCUGCUCAGGAUAACGGGGCUCCAUCCACCUCCCAAGGUCCAGAGCAGAGUUGCACUGGCCCUGAGGUCCCCGAGGACAUAUUCAGCUACUAUGAGCAGAUGGACAAAGAGGAGGAAGAAGAGGAGGAGACGCAGACCGUGUCCUUUGAGAUCAGGCAGGAGAUGAUCGAGGAGCUCCAGAAGCGCUGUAUCCAGUUGGAGUAUCCCCUCCUGGCAGAGUACGACUUCCGAAACGACACCGUCAACCCCGACAUCAACAUCGAUCUCAAGCCCACGGCUGUGCUGCGGCCCUACCAGGAGAAGAGCCUGAGAAAAAUGUUUGGGAACGGUCGUGCCCGCUCGGGGGUGAUCGUCCUCCCUUGUGGGGCAGGCAAGUCCCUGGUGGGGGUGACGGCGGCUUGCACGGUGAGGAAGCGCUGCCUGGUCCUGGGCAACUCCUCCGUGUCGGUGGAGCAGUGGAAGGCCCAGUUCAAGAUGUGGUCUACCAUCGAUGACAGCCAGAUCUGUCGCUUCACCUCGGACGCCAAGGACAAGCCCAUCGGCUGCUCCGUGGCAAUCAGCACCUACUCCAUGCUGGGGCACACCACCAAACGCUCCUGGGAGGCCGAGCGGGUCAUGGAAUGGAUGAGGAGCCAGGAGUGGGGGCUUAUUAUUCUGGACGAGGUGCACACCAUACCAGCCAGAAUGUUCAGACGGGUGCUGACGAUUGUACAGGCUCACUGCAAGCUGGGGCUCACUGCCACCUUGGUCAGAGAGGACGAUAAGAUUGUUGACCUUAACUUCCUCAUUGGGCCCAAGCUGUACGAGGCCAACUGGAUGGAGCUGCAGAAUAACGGUUACAUUGCCAAGGUUCAGUGUGCAGAGGUGUGGUGCCCCAUGUCUCCGGAGUUUUACCGCGAGUACGUGGCAAUCAAGACUAAGAAGCGCAUCCUGCUGUACACCAUGAACCCCAAUAAGUUCCGCGCCUGCCAGUUCCUCAUCCGCUUCCACGAGCGCCGCAACGACAAGAUCAUCGUCUUCGCCGACAACGUCUUCGCUCUCAAAGAGUACGCCAUCCGCCUGAACAAACCCUAUAUUUAUGGACCCACAUCACAAGGAGAGAGGAUGCAAAUUCUGCAGAACUUUAAGCACAACCCAAAGAUCAACACAAUCUUCAUAUCCAAAGUAAGGAAUCUCAUCUUUUGA